AUGGCAUCAACACAAUAUUCCAAGUCCAAUUGCUCGAUGUGGAAGCAACUGCUGGUUAUCUGCUCUCUAGUCUUGUGGUGUAGCGACCAUGCCGCCUCGGCCUUCUCUUUGAGAUCUUCAGUGCCGCCGUCCACAAGGCGGAUAGUUUCCUUGGCAGCCGCUCGACAACCAAGACGGAAUCUCAAAAAGCGCAAAGGCCGAGAUCGAAAAAGUCCCUCGUAUUCGUCUCCCAGCUUGCAAGAUCAGGAUGAUGGUUACGAGGUCAAGCCGCUGAUUUCCUACCAACGCAAAGAAGCAGGUGAAGAUUUCUGGAUCGACCCAGAAGAUCUACGGAGAGAGAAAGAACGUGAACGUGCCAUUUCCAAUAGGAAGGCCAUGGAGGGAGAAAUGUCGAAAGAAAAGCUAAUUUCAGAAGUGGUCGCACCGUACAAACAAAACUGGAUCGGUAUCAUGUCCAUGGUGAUUGUUGUUUUGGCAGCCAUUGUCACGAAUUUCCCUGAAGUUCUGGAAAACCCGUCAAUCAACUUUCCUGAUCUCGACUCUGGAGAUCCCAUCCCAAUGGAAACCACUCUGAAAAGUGUUGUCCUGGAUAGAUGA